AUGGGGCCCGGYGGGCGCCCGCCGCUGCCCGCCCGCCGCCUGCUCGCCCUGGCGCUCAGGCUCCUCUUCCUUGUGCCCGCAGGAGUGCCCGUGCGCAGCGGAGAUGCCGCCUUCCCCAAAGCCAUGGACAACGUGACGGUGCGGCAAGGGGAGAGCGCCACGCUCAGGUGCACCGUGGACGACCGGGUGACGCGGGUGGCCUGGCUCAACCGCAGCACCAUCCUCUACGCGGGCAACGACAAGUGGUCCCUGGACAACCGCGUGGUCAUCCUCUCCAACACCAAGACGCAGUACAGCAUCAAGAUCCACAACGUGGACGUGUACGACGAGGGGCCCUACACGUGCUCCGUGCAGACGGACAACCACCCCAAGACCUCGCGCGUCCACCUCAUCGUGCAAGUCCCCCCGCAGAUCGUCAACAUCUCGUCGGACGUCACGGUCAACGAGGGCAGCAGCGUGACGCUCAUGUGCCUGGCGUUCGGGCGGCCCGAGCCCACCGUGACCUGGCGGCACCUCUCCGGGAAAGGGCUGGGCUUCGCCAGCGAGGAYGAGUACCUGGAGAUCACGGGCAUCACGCGGGAGCAGUCGGGCGAGUACGAGUGCAGCGCCGUGAAUGACGUGGCCGUCCCCGACGUGCGGAAAGUCAAAGUCACCGUCAACUACCCGCCGUUCAUCUCCCACGCCAAGAACACGGGCGCCUCGGUGGGCCAGAAGGGCAUCCUGCAGUGCGAGGCGUCGGCCGUGCCCGUGGCGGAGUUCCAGUGGUUCAAGGAGGACACCAGAUUAGCGAACGGCCUGGAUGGGGUGCGCAUCGAGAACAAGGGGCGCAUGUCGACGCUGACCUUCUUCAAYGUGUCUGAGAAGGACUACGGCAACUACACGUGCGUGGCCACCAACAAGCUGGGCAACACCAACGCCAGCAUCAUCCUGUACGGGCCCGGCGCGGUGCACGACGGCGGCAACGCGGCGUCGCGAGCGGCCUCCCGCCUCUGGCUCUGGGCAGCCUUCCUCGCCGCCUUCCUCCUCCUCGACUUUUGAUAAGAAGGCGCAGGGGCCGCGGAGG